AUGGGCGGAAUUGACCAUGCACAUCAAUUCCGCCUUCAUCGUAUCUCUAUCCAGCGCACAGUCCGGAUGCGGAAGUACUAUAAAACUCUAUUGCUGGGUCUGGUGGAUCUGGCUAUAGUAAAUGCCUUUACUAUUCACAAGAAGCUACAAAAGCCUGUGCCUACGCACGCAGCGUCUUUACAUCGACUGCACGCGGAUCUAGUGAGUUCUCAGGCAAUAUGCUGCUACACUUCAGCUGCCAUUCUACUCGACAACGGUAACGCACUGCUUUCAUCUGCGGACCCUAACAAGAUUGUCAGCUUGAAGCCUGUUCACUAUUCCGCCGAAGCCCAGCAAGUUGAGGGGAGAUCUCUCCGUACACGCGAAGACGAAGACAUAAACACCGACCAAGCUGAAGAAGACAGGGGUCUGUUGGACAUGUUUUCGUCCAGCGUCAGCAAGGCCGCUUCCAAGAAGUAUCUGCGAAAUUCAGAGUUGUACGACAAGAUGCGCCAUGACAACAGCAAGUAUUUAGAAACACUUGCCGUUUGGAAGACACAGGAGUAUUCGGUUGGCAAAGUUGAGCGUGCCAUGAAGAAGCUUGGCAGAGAUUCGGACGAGAUUACAUACAUCACAAACGGGUACAAGGCGUUCCUCGAGAGUGGCAAUGUACGGUUGAAAUAG